AUGGAUUUCACUGCCAUAUCCAGCAAUGUUCUAUCUGCGGCGGAAAAACAGCGAUGCAAUUGCGAAUUAGUCACUCCAGAGAACCUUAUUUGUCCAACCACGGUGAUAUACGACAAAAAUGAACCAGAAGAAGAAUUGGAUGAGAACAAAACGACUUUCAGGAUACCUCGGCAGGAAUGGUAUAAUGAAUUGUUGGCUGCGGGAGUCGGUAAAAAAGGUGGUCCGAAGAUGAACAUAUCGCUUGUGGCUGCAUACGAGUAUCCUGAACAGCUGAACAUCAUGAUAUCAUCACAGAGCAGAUUUGGUGAUGUUGUCUAUUGCCGUUAUUUUGACAAAUCUAAAAAAGAACUUGGCCAAGCAUUCAAAAGUGUUGUAUUCCCUGAAUACAAUGUGCAUUGUUUGCGACGAAAUGGUGCUGCAUUUAUGUCGCUAUCGGAUACGCCAACGAAAGAGUACGAGUUUCCUGUGCACAUCAUCGAUCGGACGCGAAACGAGCCGGAACACUUUUUCUCAGUUUGCGUUGCUCCAAUCUAUGGCAGCGAAUCGAAAUGGAUUCUGUUAGCAGAACUUAUUGAGCACUACAAAUUGCAGGGUGCUACACAUUUUUAUGUGUAUUCCAAAUACAUUGAUGAGUAUAGUAGAAUCCUGCUCGAUGACUAUGUACGAACUGGAGAUGCUGAGGCGAUCAUUUUACAUGAUCGUUUUGAAAGACCAGAUAGCUAUUGGCAAGCAGUAGAAUUACAGGAAUGUCUUCUUCGAGCUCGUCGACAUUCACACUGGGUAGCGUUUAUAGACUUGGAUGAGCGACUGGUGCUCACUGAUUUAAACGGAACAAUCUACGAUUACUUGAAAAAUAUCUCCGAUCCAGCAAUCGGCGCAGUUAUGUUCAGGCAGAGGUGGAUUUUGGAGAACCAGUCUUCUCCAGAACGAUAUAGCGGUCAGAAACAGAUCAGCGAAUGGACGCGAACACGACUAUAUUAUAACACUUUACAUGUGGGUCCACCACACCACAUUGCAAAAUACAUAAUCGAUCCGGCGAAGGUUCUUGUGAUGAUUGUUCACUAUGUGAGCAAAUUCCUCGGCGAUUAUCGUACGUAUCAAUUGGAGCCCAAUGAGGGCGUAGUAAGACAUUACCGUGACAUCGUUGCUGGGAAUUGGGGGAAAACAUGGCUGAAGAGCGUGGAAAAGAUGGGGAAUUUCUCACUGACGGAUUAUCCAGACCAAUUUGAAUCAGAUUUGCUGGAAAAUGUCAAGAGACGAUUGGAAUAUGUAUACGAUGGUCCAUAG